CCUUUAAAUACUGUGCAAUAAGUUCCUCCCAUGCGGCUAGUUGCUUUUGACGUGUUUCGGAGUGUGGUUGGAUCCUGAAAUUACAUAAUACAUAUAUAUGGAUUAAUUAUUAAAAAAAAAUGCCUAAAGAGAAACGUUAUUGACUUGACGUUUUAUCAAUUUUCAUUUUGACAUUAACUUUGACAAAAAUGACAAAUUGAAAUUUCGCAUCUCGCAAAGCAAAUAGCAUUAUUGGUGCAAGAUCUUACUAGAUUCUAGAGAAUAAUCGAAUUUACACAAAUGUAUUUUUAAUUACAAGUAUCUUGCUUCAUAUUUCAAUUCCAAACAAAAUGAUAACGCUCAAUAAAAAAAUUAAAAAGCAAAGUACGGAGCCUACCAACGGCGUGAACUUAGAAUCUGGGAAACGAAUAUCAGUCAGGGACAAAUUAUUGGUGAAAGAAGUGCAGGAGAUGACUGAGAACCUUCCGGUGACCUGUUCUGUGCAUUUUGAAGACCCUAAUGUGCUGAGUGAAUUCAUUUUAACGGUCGCACCUGAUGAGGGCUACUGGGAAAGUGGGAAGUUUAAGUUUAGCGUAUUUGUAACGGAAGAAUAUAAUAUGGCGCCUCCCAAAGUAAAAUGUUUAACAAGACUAUGGCAUCCAAACAUCAAUGUAGAUGGGGACAUUUGUCUAUCUUUGCUUCGUCAAACCUCCAUAGAUGAACAUGGCUGGGCACCAACAAGAAGACUUAAAGAUGUUGUUUGGGGCUUAAAUUCAUUAUUUACUGACCUCCUAAACUUCGAGGACCCCCUCAACAUAGAAGCGGCGGAGAUGUACAAACAGAACAAAGUGGAGUUUCAGGCGAAAGUGCAGGAAUACAUCGCUGUGGCCAAAGGCAAGAGGUGAGACCUGGCCUGCCUCAGCUGUUUCCGCGAGUAACCAAUACUCACAACGUGAUAUAGUCUAUUGAUAAAAUCCUAUUAAGCGCUUGUAAAUAUUAGGUUUUAUUUUUAUAAUUGCUUCCGAUCUUCUAUUGAUAUGAUUUUUUAUAUGGUUCAAUUGAUUACUUUUGUAUGCAAUGAAUUUUGGGAAAUUUGUUUGGUUUUUGUGUUGUUUUUUUUUUUUGUGGAAAUCCAAACUUUUUUUUUGGUAGGAAGAUUGAUGUGGUCUCAAUAUUUGUUAUGAAUUGGCAAAUGCCAUUAAGUUUUAAAUUAAUAAUAACUACUUUUAAAAUUUGAAAACCAUAUUUAUAUUUUAUGCAUAACUUUAUUAUUUUUUAAUAUAAUACCAACAUGUAAAGUUCA